UCGAAUGCGUGCCAUAGCCAAUCAGGAUGUACUUGUCUGCGACGCAGCUUUGUGAUUGCACCAUAGCCAACACUGCGUCCUAACACUUCCUGUUUCGCAGGAUUAUGACAACAGUAAAGUGUAGUUGCAAGAUUGUGCGAAAUCGUCAUCUUAAUCAACAAAAUAAACAUCAGUCUCGAAAUACAAAUCUUAAUCUUGUUAUCUGCACUUGAGUAUAUUUAUCGAGGUCACUCUAUUGCAUUGUGUGCAGAUACUUGAAUUAGAGAAAAAUCUUAAAUUUGAUAACACAGCUGUGAUCGAUCAUAGCAACAUGUAUACAUCUAUGAAGAAACAUACAUCCAACCAUUGUUCUGAUCCUAAAGUAAUGUUUGAAAUAGAUCAAGCAUGUUUCAGUAUUUUAAACAAAUAUAAUAGAUCUGUCACAUUAUAUUCCCGUCUGUCGGAUUGUUAUUUGUGCGAAGGUGAACCACAAAUAUUACCAGCGGGAAAAAAUACUACAUUAGUUGUACCUACAAAAUAUUCUAUGCACUUGUUUUAUAAAGACACAUAUGAGUACUGUCACACUACAUAUAGUUUUAAAGAGCAUGGUAGUUAUGGAUGGAAUAUUUCAGAGGAUCAACUAUGUUCGGAAAUUUAUACAAUUCAGGAACCAGUAAACAGUUAUCUUCCAAUAUAUGAAGCCAUCAUGGUAUACAUUUUGUUACUGAUGUUAUUUAUCAGUCCCAAAAUUAUCAUGCGUAUAAUAAAGAGAGAACGGUCUCCAGAUAAUGUACGCGAUGAUUUGGAAGAGCUUCAAGAAGCAGAGACGCCGAAUUUGAUUGUUAGGAGAUCCAGUACUAGGAUCCGUUCAGUCGACACAUUCCGAGGGAUUACUAUAUUAUUAAUGAUAUUUGUCAAUAAUGGCGGUGGCGACUAUGUAUUUUUCAAACACAGCGCGUGGUUUGGUCUGACAGUGGCCGAUUUAGUAUUACCUUGGUUUGCAUGGGUUAUGGGAUUAUCAUUCACUAUAUCAAAACGAUCGGAGCUUCGUGUGUCAAAUUCACGUGGAAAGAUUAUUUGGAAGUGUCUGAUUCGCGCGAUUAUUCUCGUAUUUCUCGGAUUAAUGAUAAAUUCGAUAUACACAAAAUCAUCAAUUGAAAAUUUUCGUAUUCCGGGUAUACUUCAAUUACUAGCCGUUUCAUACUUUAUAUGCGCCACCAUCGAAACUAUAUUCGUGAGGAUACAUUCUCAGGAUGAUGUGUUGCAGUUCGGUCGAUUCACAAUUCUACGUGAUAUUUUGAACAAUUGGAUGCAAUGGUUGAUUAUUUUAGCGAUUACGGCAACGCAUACUCUCAUCACAUUUCUACUACCUGUCCCAGAUUGUCCAACAGGAUAUUUGGGACCCGGUGGUUAUCAUCAAUUUGGAAAGUUCGUCAAUUGUACCGGAGGUGCAGCUGGUUAUAUAGACAGACUUGUAUUUGGAAGUCAUAUGUAUUCUAGAACGCAAAAUGUUGUGUAUGGUACCAUUUUACGUCAUGAUCCCGAAGGUAUAAUGAACACUAUGUCUAUAAUACUUGUUGUGUACUUGGGUAUUCACGCUGGAAAGAUUUUAUUGCUUUACUAUCAAUGCAAUGCAAGAAUAAUUCGCUGGUUGCUAUGGUCGUGCAUCAUGGGUAUUAUUGCUGGAUUAUUAUGUAACUUUGAUAAAUACUCUGGAGUAAUACCAGUCAGCAAGAAAAUGAUGUCACUCUCAUUCGUUUUGACAACAUCCUGUUUUGCAUUUAUAUUAUAUGCAAUCUUACAUUUUUUAAUCGAUUAUAAGCAAUAUUGGAACGGUGCACCAUUUAUUUAUGCAGGUAUGAAUCCAAUUGCUCUUUACAUUGGACAUGUACUCACUAUGGGUUUGUUUCCAUGGGCUUGGCCUACAUUGCAUACAUCACAUUUAACAAUUCUUAGUAUGAAUCUGUGGACCACAACUGUAUGGAGUUUUACAGCAUAUUGGUUAUAUUUAAAAGAUAUUAUUAUCUCUAUUUAAAAUUAUCAUAAAGAUUUAUUAAUAAUUUCAUUAUAAUGCGACAUAAUCCUGUGAAAGGGAUUAAAUAAUUAGAGAAAAUUUUUUUAUGCUUACAAUGCUAUUAUUACAGACAUACAUUAUUGGAUUAUGUAAUUUAUAAAGAUAAAGAUUUUUUAAUCAUUGUGAUAAGAGAAAUACUAAGAUAGAAAGAAAAGAUAGUUUGCUCACACGUUUAUAAAUAUCGUUCAUUAAUUUUGUAAUUUAGAUUUCAUAAAAUUAUUCAAAUGUAAUUUUUGUUUUAACUAUUAUUCAUGUACUAAUUUUUUAAAUAAAAUUUUUAUAAAAUUGUU